UGGUAGCAAUAGUAGGCUGUUAUCUUCUAUGUGACUGGGGUUUCGUCAGUGUGGGAGCUAGCGCGAGUGGAGGAUCCAGACCGUCGUUCCCGCCACCCCUGCAUUUAGGCUCAGUCUUGUCCCUCCCGGUGCAGAGAAAGUUCACGAGGAGAUUGACCGGGUGAUCGGGCGGUCCCGCUUGCCGGCCACCGAGGACCGGAGCCGCAUGCCCUACACCGACGCCGUGAUCCACGAGGUGCACAGAUUCGCGGAUGUCCUCCCCAUGAGCCUCCCGCACGUCACGACCCAAGACGUCCAGUUCAGAGGAUACGCGAUUCCCAAGGGCACCACCGUCAUCCCCUUGCUGACCUCAGUCCUCCAGGAUACAAGCCAGUUCAGGAACCCGGACGACUUUGACCCUGGGCAUUUCCUGGAUGGGAACGGGCACUUCCAGAAGAACAGCGCCUUCAUGCCGUUCUCUGCAGGCAAGCGGGUGUGCCUGGGCGAGAGCCUGGCUCGCAUGGAGGUCUUCCUCUUCCUCACUGCCAUCCUGCAGCGCUUCACCCUGCAGCCGCUCGGCGACCCGGGCACCCUCGACGCCAGCCCCGUGGAGAGCGGGCUGGGGAACAUCCCCCAUCCCUACGAACUCCGGCUGCUCCCGCGCUAGAGUGCACCCGCCUCAAACUCCUCCCCCCCCGUAAAGCCGAGGACCAUGGGCAGCGCGGGCACCCCUAGCUCAGGGAGGCUAGCCCCCUGCCCCCCCCGUUCCACCUGAGGCCCCGCCCCUUCCACCCAAAGCCCCACCCCUUCCACCUGAGGCCCCGCCCCUUCUUCCUAAGGCCCCACCUCCCACCGCCACUUCUGCCUCCCCACUCUCGCCGGCCGGCCUGCCAGUGCAGCCCCACAUCCCAGCCAGCCCGUCGGUGCCAGAGCAGUCCAGAGGAAUCUCAAGUCCUGGGCAGCCGGCCGGGGGCGAACCCUGAGCCCGGGCCACCCAGAGGGGCUCUGAGCCCUGAGCCCUGCCGAGGAGCCCCGGGAAGAAACACAGGGUAGCAAACAAACCCUCGUUAAGCAAACUGCUGACUUGUGAAGAAAAGGACGAGGACGCUGAAUUGGAUUUUUGCAGCGUAAGCGAGACGAAGGGGCGGCAUGGUGAGAUUUCUCUUGGCCCGUGUCGCUAAGCGGCAAUUUCGCCGCCCACGCAAGCCACUGAAAAAAACACGCGCAUCCGAAUUCCCAGCCAGGCAAAGUCAGCAAGAGGCUGCGUGAGAACUUUCUG